UCCUUCCUCCGCAGUGGAGCCGCAGUGGAGCCCCAGCGGAGCUCCUGCGGAGCCGACGCACUGCCGCCGGGCAGGGGCGGGUGGCCAGGCAGGGCGGCGACGGCGGCAGGGCCCGCUCUCGCCCUCAGCCUCGCCGCUCCCCUGAGCGGCUGCCAAUCAUCCUAGAGGGAAGCCGGAUUGGCUAGAGGUAGUCUGUUGCCCCGGAGCUGUCGCCCCGCCUCUCCGCUCCCCUCGCCCGCCUUCUCCUACUCCCCCACCCUCCCCAGGGCCCUGGGAAGGGGUGCAGCGUGGGAAAGGGAUGGUAGAGUUUUUACCGGAGGCAGAGCGUGAGCCGGAUCAGUGUGUGCAGAACGCGAGCAGUCAAGCGCGAAGAGGCGCCGCUGCAGUUAACUCCUCCCUGCCCGCCGCGCAGACCCUCUCCCGGAGCCCCAGCGAAGUCAGCAUGAAGCGAACCCACCCCGAGUACAGCUCCUCGGAUAGCGAGCUGGACGAGACCAUCGAGGUGGAGAAGGAGAGUGCAGACGAGAAUGGAAACUUGAGUUCGGCUCUAGGUUCCAUGUCCCCAACAACGUCUUCCCAGAUCUUGGCCAGGAAAAGACGGCGAGGCAUCAUUGAGAAGCGCCGACGAGACCGGAUCAAUAACAGUUUGUCGGAGCUCAGGAGGCUGGUACCCAGUGCUUUUGAGAAGCAGGUAAUGGACAAAGGAUCUGCUAAGCUAGAAAAAGCCGAGAUCCUUCAGAUGACCGUGGAUCACCUGAAAAUGCUGCACACUGCAGGAGGGAAAGGCUAUUUUGACGCGCAUGCCCUUGCAAUGGACUAUCGGAGUUUGGGAUUUCGGGAAUGUCUGGCAGAAGUUGCUCGUUACCUGAGCAUCAUUGAAGGACUAGAUGCCUCUGACCCGCUUCGAGUCCGACUGGUCUCGCAUCUCAACAACUACGCCUCCCAGCGGGAGGCCGCGAGUGGCGCCCACGCGAGCCUUGGACACAUUCCCUGGGGGGGCGCCUUCGGACAUCACCCGCACAUUGCGCACCCCCUGUUGCUGCCGCAGAACGGCCACGGGAACCCUGGCACCACGUCCUCGCCCACGGAACCACACCACCAGGGCCGAUUGGCCUCGGCACAUCCGGAGGCGCCCGCCUUGCGAGCGCCCCCUAACGGCGGCCUUGGACCGGUGCUGCCCGUGGCCACGUCCGCCUCCAAACUCUCGCCGCCCCUGCUCUCUUCGGUGGCCUCCCUGUCCGCCUUCCCCUUCUCUUUUGGCUCCUUCCACUUACUCUCUCCCAAUGCGCUGAGCCCUUCGGCACCCACGCAGGCAGCAAAUCUUGGCAAGCCUUAUAGACCUUGGGGGACUGAGAUUGGAGCUUUUUAGAGGACCGAUGCUGUAGAAUGAGGGAGGGGAAAGCUUACAAUCCCAGCUGAGCUGGACUGUUGCCAACACCACCUUAAAGUCAUCCUUAAAAGUAGAAAGAAAAAAGGUACACUUUCAGAUAACUUUUGUUUAAAGGCUAAAGGUUUUUGUUGGUUUUCUUUUUUAAUGUCUUUUAUUUUGUAUCAUGUCACAUAUUAGCAGUUUUUAAAAACUAGUUGCUAAAUUUUGUUCAAAACAUUAAAUUGAAGUAGUGAGUUUAAACCAAUACUUGGGGGUAGGUUUGUACUGUGCCUAAUUUACUUUGUAAACAUGUCUGUCCAAGAAUGAUUCCAGUCUUGCCUCAAGGUUUUGGGAAUUCUAACAUUUAGGUCUGUUUUUCUCCUUGUAUAGUUAAAGUUUGGUUUUAGAAUUAACUUUUCAAACCAUUAUGCUCAUUGUUAACAUAAUUCUAUUUGUUAAUAUUUUGGCAGAUUAUGGUGUAUAAAUAAGUCUUUUUUUGGGGGGGACUAUAUUGAAUUUUUAUAUUUCUAAACAAAGCGUUGACAAAUCAGAUGAUCAGCUUUAUCCAAGAUGGAAGACUAGUUAAUUCUUUGCCUCCUGAAGCAAUAAGAUGAAUGUACAAACCAUCCCAUGGUCCUGAAUCCAUAUGACCAAAUGCUGUCUCUCUGUCAGGACUCAAAGCUGUGACUUAGGAGAGAGCCACUGAGGUUUGGUCCCCAUCCUGAGUGUUGGCAGGUAGAAGUCUGAAGAUAACUGCAUAAAUUAUGCCCACAUUUAUGAGUGGCCAGCAAUGCAAUGGAUUUUUAAUCUCCUGGGUCUAAAAUUUAACAAUGUUAAAUGGAUAAGUGAUUAUGGCGUGCAGAUGGUCAAUCAAAUAGAGCAGUGGAACCUGUUAUAUGCAUAACUUAAUUUUCCUGGAACAUCCAUACAUUCUUUUAACUGGAAAUUUUUAUGUUAUGUUUUCCUUUGGGGGCAUGAGAAUGUUGUUGAGAUAUAUAAAAGGGCUUUGCUGCCUUAUUCUCUUUGGUUUAUUUAAUUGGAUUUGGACUAUAAAAGUAUCAUUUUACAAGUUUAUUCCUUUAGCAAGUGUUGUUUCAAUGACCUCCACUGAACUGGGUUUGGCCUCUGUUGUACUGAUGUGUUGUGACUAAAUAAAAAAGAAAGAACAAAGCAUUCUACUCUAUAUGUCUUACAUACCUUGGCCUUGCCCUCUACUGACUAAGAAAAUACAUUUUCUUUCAUUUUCA